UCAGUUCGUUCAUCUCGCGAACGACCAUCUCUUAUGUACAUUAACGGAAGUAUCUCUGAAAUAAUAUGCAUACAAAGGAAAGUUUAUAAAACAUGAAACUAUUUAACAGAAGGGAUUUAUAUUAAGUAAUCAGAAGAUGAAAGAAUCCUGAACACGUGCUUUUAGCUAAUUUGUAAGCAUUGAUUUUAAAUACAAAUACUGCUUCAGUGCUGAUGAUCGAUGUCGAGGAAGGAAUGGAGGUUUGUUUUCCGGCGUAUGCUCCUGAACUAACAAACUUGUGCCGGAACUUGUGCCGGAUUAACAAAAUCAAAACACGAAUAUCACAAAGACGAUGUCGAGAAAAGUGUUCACGUACAACGCAAUACAAACACGUCGGAAAAAGGAUUCUGAUACAACUGAAUACAAAAAGCAACCUUUAACCCUAAACGAUUCAUCCCUAAAUUGCUAAUGAGAGAGGGAAAAGCAGAGAUUAUAAAAGGAAAACAAGCGAUAAUGUAGGAAAGUUUUUCAAAUUUUCUGCAAUUGGUGAUAAUUUCCGUUUGAAAUUUGCUGUACUCAAAACUCCUAUUUAAGCUUCAUUAGCUGAAUUUGAAUUAGGUUUUUAAUAUGGCUUCAUCUAAAAUUCAGAGUAUUUUUAGACCUGGUUUGUUUAAAGAUAAAGUCGCAAUUGUUACUGGAGGAGGUACUGGAAUCGGAAAAGCUAUUAGUAUUGAGCUUCUUUAUUUAGGCUGUAAAGUGAUUAUAGCAUCCAGAAAAAAGGAAAUUCUUUCAAAAGCUGUUGAUAAAAUGUGUGUUCUUUUGAAAGAUAGAGCUCCAGAUGUGUGCAGCAUUGUUUGUGAUAUCAGGAAAGAAAAUGAGGUGCAAAAUUUAGUAGCAGAAACUUUAAAAAGAUAUGGCAAAAUAGAUUUUUUAGUCAACAAUGGAGGAGGUCAAUUUCUUUCUCCUGCUGCUGACAUUACUAGUAGAGGAUGGGAUGCAGUUGUGGAAACAAAUUUAAAAGGACCUUUUCUUUUAUCUAAAGAAGUAUAUUGUAAAUGGAUGAAAGAUCAUGGUGGUUCUAUAGUCAACAUUUUGAUGGAUUUUGAAAGAGGUGUGCCAUUAAUGGCACAUUCUGGGGCUGCUCGAAGUGGAUUAGAUAACUUGACAAAAUCUUUAGCUGUGGAAUGGGCGGCAGAUGGUAUUAGAAUCAAUGCAGUGGCACCUGGCCAUUCAAUAUAUUCUGAAACAGCUGCCAAAAAUUAUCCUAUCAAUGUGUUUGAUAUGGCGAAAGAUAGGGUUCCUGCUAAACGUCUUGGCCUUCCUGAAGAGGUAUCAUCAGCUGUCUGUUUCUUAUUAUCACCUGGAGCAUCCUUUAUAAGUGGAGAAACAUUGCAUGUAGAUGCUGGAGGACGAUUAUACUCGCCGUUAAUGGUGGAAAUACCUGAUCAUAAUAAGCUUCCUCCAUUUACAGAAGAUACUGGAUCGAAAUCGAAAUUAUAGAAAGAAAGGAAAUGAUUGCUAUAAUUGUAUUUAAUUCGAUAUGUGUUAAUUUUGAUUUUUUUUUUCCAUAAAGAAAAUUUUAGGAAUGUAAAGUAACAAUUUUUUUUUAUCAUUAAAAUAUCCUUGUUGAAAAUCC